UAAUCAUAAUAUCAUUUAUCAUUUUUUUUAUUUAUUUUAUAAUAUUUACUCAAUGUCUACUGAUUUACCAAUACAUAAUUAGGUACCAUAUAAAAACCCCAAGUAUCUAGCAACCAAAAAACAUUGAAGACUAUUUGAUAGAAAGCACUAUUAUGAUUUGGAUUAUAAUUCUUCUUGUUGUGCACACUAUAAAUAUACAUUCUACUUCAAUAAUGUAUUUUCAAGAACAUUCGGAUGAUAAACAAUUUAAAACAUGUAUAGUUAACAUUAUUGUAACGCAAUUGAAAAAAGGCAGUGAAUUAACUGUGAUAAGUAACGCUGAAGAUUUAUUACCUGAUAUUCAUAAUUCUAAUCACGUUCAGUUAAAAUUUCGCCAUUCGAAAAUACACGGUGAAAAUUAUUCUUAUAUAGAAGCAUAUUUAAUUUUAGUUGACGAUGUCGAUGAUUUGGAUGAUACAAUAAAUACACUAAAGCUAGAAUGGAGUUGGAACCCUAAAGCUAAGUUCAUAAUAAUAUUAAAGUGUCAAGUAGACAUUACACAAUUGAGGGUUGUUUUUAAAAUGAUGCUAAUUUCUCACAUAUUGAAUAUUUUGGUUGUUACUAGAAUAGAAAGUAAAUAUUUAGUUUAUACAUAUUUUCCUUAUGGAGAAGGUAAUUGUGGACGUAGUCACGAAAAUAUAACGAAAUGUUGUGAAUGUAAUGAAUUCAGAAACGGUUUUAAUCUAUUUCCUGAUGAAAGAUCAAGGACUUUAAUAAAUUGUACAUUGCGCGUUCUUACUCACCACAAUCCUCCAUUCUCAAUUAUUCCACAUACGAUAAAUAGAAGAAUGGUUACUGGUUAUGAACAAAGAGUCAUGGAUUUGUUAGCAGAGAGUGAGAAAUUUCAUAUAUCAUAUUUCUUUGAUCUUCUACCUGAUAGAUUUGGAUACAUACAACUUCCUAACUUUUCAGCGACAGAGCUUUUGGAGUCAAUACAGAAUAAUGAAGCGGAUGUAGUUAUAGGUGGUUUCCUUCUAAUGAGAAAUCCAUUGUAUUUGUGUGAUUUUAUUUCGACAUAUUUUGGUUCGAGUGAUAAUUAUUUCAAAUUUUUUUCUUCACAGAGAGAUUAUAUGGGCAGAUGGCGCAUAAUUUGUGAUUGCUUUGACAAAAAUAUCUUGAUUUUAUUAUUAGUUGCUUUAUUUUUAUUUAUUUUUUUAUCUUUAGCUAUAACCUCAAUAAUACAAGGUGAGGUGGUAGUAAAUUAUGAUAGUAAAGUUAUUUUUUAUAUUGUCGGUUCAAUGUUUGGAAACAUAUCACCAUACUUUAGAAAACUUAUUAAAAAGAAACAAUAUUUAUUAUUAUGGAUUGGAUUUGUAUUUUUAAUGACAAAUUUCUAUCCGAUUUCAUUAAUAAGUUUGGCAACAAAGCCCAGUGUACGCCCUGGAAUUGAGGAUAGCAAAGUAUUAGUGAAAUUAGGGUAUCGACCUUGCUUGUCUAAUGCUUCACGGUGGUUAUUUCAUGAAUUUGAAAUCCCAGUUAUAAAUAAUGUAUCUCAAUCGUUACCGGAAUGUAUGGAUUUAGAGAGUAGUUUGAUGUCACUAGCAAAAAUGCCGAAACUUUACACUAUUAGUCUUUAUUUAAAGUAUAUGUAUUUGGUAAAAGACAAAUAUCGCUAUCUUAUUUAUGAAUCGAAAGAAAAUUUUCAUCGUGCGAUUCACGCUAUAUUUUUCCCCCGAGGUUUUCCCCGUAUUGACAAUAUGAAGUAUAAAGUUUUGAGAAUGAGUGAAAAUGGUUUAUUUGUUGCAGCAUUUCGUGAGUUAGGUCUUGAGCCGGUAAAGUCUUUUUUCUUGAAACAGAAAGAAAAUGAACGUACUUUUUCAAGUUUAAAAAUGGAAGAUUUCUUGAUUCCGCAUCUUAUUAUUGCGGUGGGUACAGCAUUAGCUUUUAUUAUAUUUAUUGCAGAGAACGGUAUUUAUUUUAUUAAUACUACUUACACAAGAUAAUUUUUAAAUAAGUAUAUUAAAGUAAAAUAUAGAAUUUAUUAGGUACUCAUUGCUUAUUUAUCAUUCACCUAGCGACCCGCCCCGGCUUUGUACGGGUGCAAUACUGUUAUUAAAUAUAGCUACCUACUACAGAAUGUCCUUAUAAACAACGUUUACAGCUUUUUCGUCAUUAAACAAUACAAACACGAUAAAGUGCUAUAGGAUGAAGUGUGGCCUUCGACGCGCAAUUAUAUAGGCGCGCGCCGCCGGCCGGGCUAGUACCGCCGCACCGCUAUGUCCCUGCAUUUUAAAUCUGUAAUAUUUUCGGAAAUAUCCAUUUAAAUUACAUGCUGUAAAGGGCCAUAUUGAUCUAUAUUAAAUGGACAAUAUAUUUUAGGUGCUUAAUUGGAUAAAAAUUAAUUCUGUAUUGCUUAAAAUCACUUCGUAAAUUUUUUCCCGUAAAAUGUAAAGGAUAAAAAAUGGUUAUUGUGGGUUAUUCUUAAGAGAUAGACAUAUACCAUCGCGGACUUUUUUGUUGAUGUGAAACGUAGAGUUCUUUAUAUUGUGAUUCUAGGAUACACCAGACAUGAUGCCCUUUGCAUUUACUUCUAUCCGUCUCAUAGAUCGUAACUUUCCUGAAAUAUGGGUUUUUUCUUUUUUUUUAAGUGCUGAAACUUUACUAAUACAAAAUGUUAAUAAGCCAUUAGCUAUGUUUGUUUUAAUCUAUGGAGUAUUGAUAAAAUAUUGCAAACUUGGUAGUAUAAUUGAAACUAUUGCACCGUCUUUUGCUUUUAUUUUUAAUAAGUGCAUAGAUGACGGUAAGUUUCCUAUUGUAAUGAAAUUUAGUAAAAUUAUGCCGCUUUUUAAAGAUGGAAUUAAUGUGAUCUAGUAAAUUAUGGGCCUAUUUUGAUUUUUCCUGCACUGAGUAAAAAUUUUGAUAAAUAUAUGUUGAAUCAGUUUGGAAUCAGUAGUCAAUUUGGAUUUUCUACAAGGUGAUUAACUACGGAUACAGAUGUGGAGUUACUAAAACACAUUUCUAAAAAUUACGGUUUGAAUUCUAUUGUAAAAUUAAAUAGUUAACUUCUUAAUUUUAUAGAUUUGCUAUCUUCCGGAAAAUACUCUUGAUAAUAAAAUUCAAUGGGAUCCUCACAUUCAAAACUUUGCAACUAAAUUAAGCUCUGCGGCAUAUGCUGUACUGCAGGGUUAAACAGUAUAAUAAUAUUGAGACUGCUAGAUUAGUUUGUUUUAGUGACUUUCAUAGUAUACUGUCUACUAGAAUAUUAUAAUGAGGUAAAGCAGCCGACAGCCAAAGCAUAUUUGUAUUACAAAAACGUGCAAUUCGCGCAAUUUAUUGUAUAGAAAGUCGUGGAGCCCUAAGAGAAAAAUUUAAAGAAGCAAAUAUUCUUACCGUAACUUGAUAAUACAUAUACGCAAUUAUUUUGUAUAUACACAGGAAUCUUCAUCUGUUUCUUAAAAACAGCGAUCUCAAUAUUCUGAACACUAGAUACAAAUAUAAACUUGCUGUUCCGGAGUAUCGCUUAGAAAAAGUUUCUUAUGGUCUUUUAUAUUGUAGACCGUAUGAAACUUUUUCUAAGCUAUUUUGGAUCUAUCUUUUUAUAAAUUUAAAGCUUAUUACACUCUAAACGAUUACUUGAAUAACAAGCGUGCAUUGUAUUUGUUAGUCGAUAAUGUAUGGACUUUUUAAUGACCAUGUAAUUUUAGACAUAAUGCGUUUAAAUAAAUAUAUGUAUAUGAACUUAUAAUUUUAACAGAGAUUUAAAAGAGUAACUGUUGAGUUUCUUGUAGGCUCUUCUCAACAGAUAAAACCUUCCGAACCCUGCAGUAGAUUAAAAAAAAAUACAAGUGUUUGUGUUUACAAGCACUAGUCUAUUUGAUCAAAGAUAAUUUGAAUUAAUAAUAAUUUAUUUCCAACUAGAUUGCACGAGGAAUCUCUGUAUAAAAAUAAAUCUAUUUCUUCGUUUUAGGUUUUAGAGAUUUUGUGAUUAUCUAAUAAUUAACUGGCUUUGUAUAUGAAUUAGAUAUUAGUUAUAUCUAGCUAAUGAAA